GGAAAUAUUUUAAAGAGGACGCGAAGGAAACCGUACUCGAAAUGGUGAAAAAUAUUAAACAGGAGUUUACAAAGAUCCUGAAGAAAGUGGAUUGGAUGGAUGAAAAAACUAGAAGAAGCGCUUUAGAAAAAGUAGCCGCCAUGACUUUACAUGUUGCCUAUCCAAAUGAAUUGUUAGACGAUAGAAAACUUGAGAAUUAUUACGAAGGACUUGAAUUUAGUGUUGAUAAUUAUUUAGAAAACAUUUAUAACUUGUCUACCUUUAAAACAAAUUUCUCAUUUAGUAGACUGAGACAGCCAGUGAAUAAGACAGAAUGGAUAAAUUAUGGCUCGUCGGCUGUCAACAAUGCGUUUUCCUUUCUGACCAAGAACAGUAUUGAAUUGCCCGCGGGUAUUUUGCAAGGCGUGUAUUUUAACAAUGAUUGGCCACGUUACAUGAACUAUGGCGGCAUUGGUCUUGUUAUUGGCCAUGAGAUUACCCACGGCUUUGAUGAUCAAGGCAGAGAAUUUAAUAAGGAAGGUAAUCUCAUGGAUUGGUGGGAGCCAGAGACGAAGAAGCGUUUCUCAAGAAAGCCGAAU